AUGGCUGCCACCUCGGCUUGCGAGUCGCAAAAAGCUCGCCCAUUAGUGGCCUUAGAUAGCAUUUGUCGCACCCGAACCUGCCGCGACACAGAUGCACGCGAUGCUUCGCCUCGUGCGGCGGCUGCCACGCUGCAGCACCACGCUGGCGAGGCGCGCCGCCGCCGCGUCGCGCAGCAGCAGCAGCAUUGGUGGCGGCAGCGACGACGACGUCAAGGUCGACCGCUCCGGCCUAGGAACAGCUGGCUACGCCCCGCCGAAGCCGCCCGCGACGCCGCUCGGCCGCGAGCUCGAGUCUCAAAUAAGAGCCCGAGGCCCCGUGAGCGUCCACGAGUACGUGAAGCAGUGCCUGCUGCACCCGACGCACGGCUAUUAUGCGAGGAAGGGCGCCGUGCACAACUUCGGGGCCGGCGGCGAUUUCGUGACGGCGCCGGAGCUGUCGCAGCUGUUCGGGGAACUUAUUGGCGUCUGGUUCGUGUCCGAGUGGCAGCGGCUGGGCAAGCCGGCGCAGAUUCGAAUCGUGGAGGUGGGGCCCGGGCGCGGCACGUUGUGUGCUGAUAUACUGAGAGCGACGGCGACGUGGCCGCCUUUUAGGGAUGCGCUGACGGACGUGCACCUGGUCGAGCCCUCGUUGACGUUGCGAGUCGAGCAGCGGCGCACGCUGCAAGCGAGGCCGUCCCAUACCUCUUCCACAAAACCGGAGGAGACGAAGAGCGUCGAGUGGGUCGUCGAGGGCCACGAAGGAAGGGACGCGCGCGUGGCCUGGCACUCGUCGCUGGAAGACGUGCCGCACGGAAUCCCGACGCUCUUCAUCGGCCAGGAGGUGCUGGAUGCCUUCCCGCCCUACCAGUUCGUCCGCACGGCCGAGGGCUGGCGCGAGAAGCUCGUGGAUCUAGAUGACCAGGGAGGCUUCCGUUUUGUGUUGGCGCCGCAGCCGACGCCCGCGUCGCGGGCGCUCGCGCCGCAUAUCAUCACGGAGGACGGCGAGGACACGGUGGAAGUGGCGCCUGGCGCGCUCGCGCUGUGCCGCGCGAUAAGUGAGCGCAUCGCGGCGGACCGCGGCGCGGCGUUAUUUGUCGACUACGGCUUCGAUGGAGCUUCACCGGGCGACACGCUGCGCGGCUUCCGGCGCCACGAGCAGGUGCACCCGCUGGCCGAGCCGGGGCUGGUCGACCUGACCGUCGACGCGGACUUUGGCGCCUGCGCGCGGCACGGCGCGUCCGUUGAUGGCGCGCGCGUCUUCGGAUCCACGACGCAGGGCGAGUGGUUGCAGAGGAUGGGCAUCGUCGCGCGGCUCGAGGCGCUACUGGCGCUCGAGGACAUCACGGAGCGGCAGGUCGACCAGCUGAUCACGGCCUGCGAGCGGCUCGUGGAUCCGGCGCAGAUGGGCGAGCGGUACCGCGUCCUGGCGGUUGUUGAUGAGGGUGAGGGCGUUCCCGCGGGGUUCGCGGCGGAGGACCGCGUUGCGGCGCCUCCGGACGGUGUUUAACUAACGAGUUGUUGUGUU